AUGGCCGACAAGGCGAUUUUCAAGCUCAGCCCUGGGACUUAUACAGUUCAAACUUCAACCAAUCACGCAAACAACAUGGGACCCAACCACGAUCAACAGCACGACAGCGGCAUUAUCAGCGCCCAAGACAUAACCCCAGCCACAGAACCGACUCACGAACGCACCCCCGCCAUCGCCCACAAAUUGCCAAAACCUCUUCCUGUUCCCUCAGUUGUGUACGGUUUAACGAUCACGAACGACGUUGCCUUCGCUAUUGGGUGUCACUAUGUCCCCCCAUCGGACAAAGACAACGAAAACCCCUGGUUCCGAAGGUUUGCUGAGAGAAUUGGGCGCAAGUUCCUCAACUCGUACUGUCAGAAGAGGUUCCCCGACAUUCCUCUUCGGUGGCGCCAGCCUGUCGUUGCUGUCCUGCCUCAUUCUCAGGAGGUGCCUUUGCUUAUGCUGGGCAGGAGGGGCCGUUGUGCGAAAACGGGGAAAGUGGUGAACCAGAUAUUCGUCAAUAAGGAGCAGGUGCAGGUUCUGAAGGAUGCCCUGGGUUUGGAUAAAGAGGAACCAAAGUGGUACCGCGUCGCGAUUUCCGAGUAA